AUGAAGAUGAAAAAACACAAUACUUCCAUUAAUCUGAGCUGGAAAACAACCAGUAAGAACUGUGACAGUGUCCUUCACACCCGUCACAAUCUUUCAUAUGACCGCAGAUGUUCUUCCAGUGAGAAAACAAGAAUCACAAAGCUUCAGCCUGAUGGAGGAACGUGUGAUAUUACUGGACUCAAACCAUUCACUGAUUAUAAAUGUGGAGUCCAACCCAAAUAUAACGGCAAGACAGUUUCCAAUAAAAAGGAAGUUACACUAAAAACUGACCCUGGAGUACCCGACGGUUCCCCUACAGUGACUGUGACUGUGCCAGAGAAUAAUGUGAUUAAAGUAGAGUGUUCCCAUAGAGACAACAUUAAUGGACCAAAAGAAAAAAGAAGAUUCAUUGCACGUCUUCAUCCUGGUGGUGAAAACAAACAGAAUAAAACAGAUUGUAAGUUUGAAUUCAAGGAUCUGAGCUACUCUACAGAAUAUACAGUGGAGGUGACUGUUUUCAACGGAUACUUUGAAAGCAAACCCGGCACAGGAACUGCUCACACUCGCUACAAUGACAAAGCUGUCACUGGUUUUUUGAUUUUCCUCAUAUCCGCCGCUCUGCUUCUGGUGGCCUGCGUGUGCUACAGGAAGCUCAGAAAGCGUAGGAGUGACGUGGAUGAAAAUGUGGCCUCGGAAACAACAGCAGCUACUGCUUCAACAGCAGCUCCACACCCACAGCCACCUCAACUGCCAUCUACUCACAAUCAAACAGCUCAUUUCAAACAGCCGCUUAACGUCACAUUCAGCCAGACUUUACAUUUUACAAGCUGUGUUACAUUUAACAUGACAAAAUCCAGAAACAUCAUUUAAACAUUAUAUGACACUGAUGAUUCAGCCCCUGGUGACUAAGACCUGGUGAAGAAGGCCGACCAUUAUUCAGUUCGUCAGUGACAGCAAGGAAAUCCAACACCUGAAGCUAACAGAAGGACCAACUAUGGGCAUAAUGCUGCAUUUAUUGAAGCUGAAAAUAAA